GGACUAGACCCUAAAAGUAUUGUACCAGUCUUGAAUGAAGAAGAGGGCUAUCAUCAAAUUGGACCAGCAGAGUAUUGCAAAGAAUACUUUGUGUUGUCUGUAACCAUUGCAUUUGCCACACAGUUGGAACAGUUAGUUCCUAGUACUAUGAAGCUUCCUGAACGACAGCCUGAGUUUUUUUUCUACUACUCAUUACUGGGAAAUGAUGUCACGAAUGAAGCUUUCACUGAUUUAAUUAAUCCAAACUUCGAACCAGAAAGAGCUUCAGUUCGAAUACGUAGUACAGCUGAUGUCCUUCAAGUUUAUCUUUGUGCACAGUCAAAAUUGCAGAUUCAUCUUUGCUGUGGGGACCAGUCUCUUGGAAGCACUGACAUACCCCUGUCUGGACUAAUGAAGAAAGGAAAUGUGGAGAUGGAUCAACAUCCUGUGACAAUAGAAGGAGCAUUUGUCCUUGUUCCACCCAAUAGAGCUAAGCAGAAACUGCCGCAGUUGCCUUUGGAUAUGGCUCCUACUGUUGGGGUAUCUGUAAUUCUGCAAAGGGAGAGCUUGAGUGCCCAGCCUUUGAUUCCCUUAAAUACUCCAACUGAACCUGAACAGCCACAGAAGAAAGUUCUUUCACCUAUUAGUGGAAAAACAAAGAGCCUGCAGCAGAGAUCCCAGAGUGUCCCAUCUCAAGCUGACCACUCUUCUUCAACAGAAGAUGAAGCAACAGAAAGUGAAGUAGAAAGUCUUAAGUCUGAAAAAGGCACAAAACUAAAGAAAAGGGGGCUGGUGGCUGAGUCUUGCCAACAGGUUAACAAACAGUAUGCUGAAGAACUUCCAGUUUUCAAAUCGCAGAGCAGAGCAAAGUCACCUCUAUUGCCGGAUCUUCAAAAUUCCACUGACGAUGGUCCAGUAGCUGCAUCUCAACCCAAUCCUGUGGGUGCAUCUAGUUCUUCUGAGCCUGUGUCAGCACAGAAAAUUGUCAUUCCAGCAGCCUCUCACCAUUUUUGCUUUUCAAUAGACUUACGAAGUGUACGUGGUCUGGAAGUUGGUUUUCCAAUAAAUUGCAUUUUAAGGUACUCGUAUCCAUUUUUUGGCAGUGCAGCACCUAUUAUGACAAGCCCACCUGUAGAAGUCAGGAAGAACAUGGAAGUCUUUCUUCCACAGUCCUACUGUGCAUUUGACUUUGCAACUAUACCUCAUCAGCUUCGAGAUACAUUCUUCAGAUUACCUCUGCUGGUUGAAUUAUGGCACAAGGAUAAAACAGCGAAAGACUUGCUUCUAGGAGUGGCGAGACUUCAGCUUUCAAAUGUUUUGGCUUCAGAAAAAACCCGAUUCUUGGGUGGUAAUGGUGAACAAUGCUGGCGUCAGACUUGUAAUGAAACAGUCAGCGUCACAGCAGCGCAAGGGUCAGGCAACAGAAUAGCAGAGCUUUCGUAUGCUAUCACUUUGGAAGACUACGGGCUUGUGAAAAUGCAAGAAGUUCUGGUGUCAGAUUCUUCUCAAUGCAUAGGUGCUGGUCAACAGCGGCAUGUCCCUAACACUCAGCCUCGUUGUGCCCCAGAAAACCAUCCAGAACCUCGAGAAACUCUUGAAUACAAAGCAGCACUGGAAUUAGAAAUGUGGAAGGAAAUGCAAGAGGACAUUUUUGAAAAUCAGCUUAAAAAGAAGGAAAUGGCCCAUAUGCAAGCACUUGCAGAAGAAUGGAAGAAAAGAGAUAGAGAGAGAGAGGCAUUAGUGAAGAAAAAGGUAGCAGAAUAUACUGUUUUGGAAGAACAACUUCAGAAAACCUUGAGAGAUCUAGAUAAGCGAGAAAGACAGCUUUUUAGUGCUGAAUCAGAGCUUCAAAGAGUAAAGAAGGAGUUGCAAGCAGAGCAUGAACGAAAUCUGCAGGAGCUACAGGAUUCUGUGCGGCGAGCCAGAGAAGAAUGUGCACACCAGGUUGAGCUAGAAAGGUCAAAAAUCAAACAGCUGGAAGAAGACAAGCUUCGCUUACAGCAGCAGCUUUAUGAAGCAGAUAAUAAGCAUAAAAUUUUGGAGAAGGAGUUCCAGCAAUACAAAGAACAGCAAAGUAGCAAACCAGAAAUCCAGUUACAAUCGGAAAUAAAUCUUCUCACUUUAGAAAAGGUUGAACUUGAAAGAAAGUUAGAGUCAGCUACCAAGUCAAAGCUCCACUACAAACAACAAUGGACAAGGGCUUUGAAAGAACUUGCAAGGUUAAAACAGCGUGAACAAGAAAAUGCAAUGGCUCACCUUAAAAAGCAGCAACAAGAGCUGGAGCACAUGAGGUUGCGUUAUUUGGCAGCAGAAGAAAAAGAGCUGGGGAAAACAGAGCGACAAGAGCUGGAGGAUAUCCGAAAUGAACUUAACAGACUAAAGCAACAAGAAGAAGAGAGAAAGCAAUUGCAAGAUGUUAGAGAUAAUUCUGCUGGUAGAGUGGAUAGUCUUCGUUCUAGAAAAUUAAAUGAGAACAUGGAUGAUUAUCUCUCUCGUCUGAUAGAAGAGAGGGAUACCCUUUUGAGAACAGGAGUAUAUAACCACGAAGACCAUAUUGUAAGUGAACUUGAUCGUCAAAUCAGAGAAGCUAUUGCGAAAAGGAACACCACUAAAUAA